CAUGUGCUCACACUGGCUGAAAGUUCCAGCGCCCAGCGUCCCUGCAGGUAGCUCGGAGGACCGGGGUGCCCGGCAGCGCGGCCCGCUUCCCCGCCCGGUGACACGCCGCCCGAAGGCCCGGCGCUCGGCCCGCACGGUGUCAUGACAGAGGAAAGGAUUUCUCAGGGUGUUUGUUACUUGUACAGCAUCCUGCCUGCAUUUGUGUCUGUGCACCAGCAGAGGGCGCCAAAUCUCUCUGUAGGCGCUUGUGAGCCACCAAGUGGUUGCUGGGAGUUGAACUCGGGACCUUUGGAAGAGCAGCUGGUCUCUCUAGUCAAAGUCUUAAGUAAAUGAAGCGGUGUUUGACCCACAUCAAUUCGGAACAGCCUGGCUGGCUUUUUGGAUACUGCCAUGGAAGAGCCACAGUCGGAUCUCAGCAUUGAGCCCCCUCUGAGUCAGGAGACAUUUUCAGACCUGUGGAAACUGCUUCCUCCAAAGAACCUUCUGUCCGCCUUAGAGCCUAUGGAGGAUCUACUGCUGCCCCAGGAUGUGACAAGCUGGUUGGGAGACGCGGACGAGGCCCUCCCCGUGUGCACAGCUCCGGCGGAGGGCCCUGCGCCUGAGGCCCCCGCACCAGCGGCCCCUGCACCGCCCGCUUCCUGGCCCCUGUCAUCCUUUGUCCCUUCCCAUAAAACCUUCCAGGGCAACUAUGGCUUCCGUCUGGGCUUCCUGCAAUCCGGGACAGCCAAGUCUGUCACAUGCACGUACUCCCCUUCCCUCAAUAAGCUGUUCUGCCAGCUGGCAAAGACAUGCCCCGUGCAGCUGUGGGUCAGCUCCGCCCCACCCCCUGGCACCCGCGUCCGCGCCAUGGCCAUCUACAAAAACUCACAGCACAUGACAGAGGUUGUGCGACGCUGCCCACACCACGAGCGCUGCUCGGAAAACGAAGCGUCCGAUCCGCGUGGAAGGGCCCCUCCCCAGCAUCUGAUCCGCGUGGAAGGGAACCUGCAUGCCGAGUACGUGGACGACAGGCAGACCUUCCGCCACAGCGUGCUGGUGCCCUAUGAGUCGCCCGAGGUCGGCUCUGACUGCACCACCAUCCACUACAACUACAUGUGUAAUAGCUCCUGCAUGGGCGGCAUGAACCGCCGGCCCAUCCUCACCAUCAUCACGCUGGAAGACCCCAGUGGCAACCUGCUGGGCCGGAACAGCUUUGAGGUCCGCGUUUGCGCAUGUCCUGGGAGAGACCGCCGCACAGAGGAAGAAAAUUUACGCAAAAAGCAACGUUGCCCAGAGCUGCCGCAAGGGAGUGCUAAGCGAGCCCUGCCCACCAACACCAGCUCCUCUCCCCAGUCAAAGAGGAAACCAGCUGACGGAGAAUAUUUCACCCUCAAGAUCCGUGGGCGGAAACGCUUCGAGGUCUUCCGGGAGCUGAAUGAAGCCUUGGAACUGAAGGAUGCACAGGCUGCAGGGGAGUCGGGAGAUGGCAGGGCGCAGGCCAGCUGUCUGAAGACCAAGAAGGACAAGUCUACCUCCCCUCGGAAGAAUCCGAUGAUCAAGAGAGAGGAGCCUGAUUCAGACUGACCCCUCUACUUCCUGACCCCCCUCUGCCUCCCUCCCCACACCUCCUUCCCUGCCAUUUUAUGACUUGGGUGCUUGGACCCCCGCUUGGGUUGAUCUGGGGAGGGUGGUGGGAGCACCUAGCUUUUAAGAUUGUGGCUUUGAGGAGAGGCUCGAAGAGUGGAAGGUUCUCGUAGGUGGGGUGGAGUUUACAGUUGGCCACACGCAGUGGUGACCGAGUUUACUUUCUCCCGACUUGAACAGGCUGUGAAGUGCACACCAGCCUUCCUACUUCUCAGGGCUUGAGAGAGGAGGAGCGAGUGUGUGUCCCUUCCACUGCCUUUUACUACCCUGUAGCUAGGGCUCAGCCCCUCCGGGAGUGCUGGUUCACGGCCCCGGUUGGGGAAUGGUCAGUAGUUGCCAGGUCUCUGCUGGGCCAGCGAAAUCCUAUCCAGCCGCUUGCUGGCACCUAAGAUGAAAUCUCACCCCAUCCCACACCCUGUAAGAUGCUAUCUUCGGCUCUCGUAGGGUCCAUAUCCUCUGAGACCCAUUUUCUUUCCACCCUGGGCUCAGGGUCAGUUUCUUCCCACUCUGCAAAGCCUGUCCACAUUUUAUUCAUUCCCUACCCUUCCCUUUUUAUACCCCUUUUUAUAUACCAGUUUCUUAUUUUACAAUAAAAUUUUGUUAUCACUUGUA